AUGGACCAUGUGCCUGGAAAGCAUAUGGUGGAGUACUAUGAACAGCGUGCCUCAGUCCCCGGAACUCUUCUAAUCACGGAGGCCACUUUCAUCGCACCCCAAGCUGGAGGCUACAACAAUGUACCCGGCAUGUGGAACGACGAACAAGUAUCGGCUUGGAAGCCGGUCGUGGACGCUGUUCAUGCCAAGGGCUCCUUCAUCUACCUUCAGCUCUGGGCGUUGGGACGUGCCGCUGGAGCAGAUGCAGCUGCGAAGAAUCUGCAGCGAGAGGGUCCGUUUCCCGUCGUCAGUGCGAGUGCUCAGGCUAUCAGCUCGGAAUAUGAGGAGCCGCAUGCUUUGACCAAGAGCGAGAUCCAAGAUUUUGUUGGCUACUAUGCAAAUGCUGCGAGCAAUGCGAUGAAGGCCGGCUUUGAUGGUGUAGAAAUUCAUGGCCGAGACGAUAAGUACGGAGGCAGCAUCGAAAAGCGUGCUCGCUUCGGCCUCGAGGUCACAAACGCAGUCAUUGCGGCCUGUGGUGGUGACAGCAAGAAAGUCGGAAUACGUCUGUCACCCUGGAGCACCUUCCAGAGUAUGGGCAUGAAGGAUCCUAUCCCUCAAUUUUCGCACGUCAUCAAGGAGCUGAAGAAACUGGACCUGGCAUAUCUCCAUCUGGUUGAGUCUCGAACAUCCGGGAAGAGUGCUGUCGACGCCGAGUACGCCACUGUCACCGGUCACAACGACGAGCUGGCUGAGAUAUGGGGCACUGAAGCGCCUCUCAUACUUGCUGGUGGCUUCGAUGCCGAAAAGUCCAUCAAAGCUGUCGAUGAGGUCUACACCAAGGAGAACAUCAUUAUUGCAUAUGGACGAUUCUUCAUCAGCACACCUGAUCUCCCGUACAGGGUCCAACAUGGCAUCCCACUUACGCCGUAUGACCGCAAGACAUUUUACAAAGCAGAAUCACCGGAUGGAUAUAUCGAUUAUCCUCUUAGCAAGGAGUUUCUGGGGCAGGAAAGUAGACUGUGA